UUUGGAAACAGAUUGCAAUUUCAGUGGUCGCUGUACAGCUGGAUGUGCUAACGGUACAUAUGGAGACAACUGUAGUCUGCCUUGUUCAGAUCACUGUACGACCUGUGCCCAAGAUGGAGGACAGUGUUUAACUUGUAUCGAUGGUUAUUACAAUACUUCUUGUUCAAUGGAUUGUGGUAACUGUGAAGCCAAACGCUGUGAUAUGACAACAGGAUUUUGUGAGAAAUCAUGUCUGACGGGUUGGACCGGUCAGCGUUGUGAUGUCAAAGGAGCCAGACAGUCGGGAGAUGAAGGCGGUAAUAUAGGAACGUACGCUGGAGGAGGAGCAGCUGUUGUUCUACUGGCUGUUGUGAUCAUAGUAACAAUGUGUAAAGUCAAACGAUCAUCCACUUCGAAAGAAAACACAUCAGAGCCUACAAUAUUAUAUGAAAAGCCACCAUCGUCAAACAAUUCAAACGAGCAUUCAGAUAAAAAUGAAGAGCAUACCUAUAUCAAUAUUGUGGAUGAAAUUGCACAAGACUAUCCAGAAGAAAAUAGUUACUGCAACGAAGGACCAACUUGGUUUGCUGUCAGUAGGCUGAAGGCAAUGAUUACUGAUGAAAUGGCAAAUAGAAAACAGGAAUUUAUAGCGCAAUUUGAAACAUUUCCGGUAGGAGGCGUUUAUCUUCAUACGAUUGCAGAAAAGCAUAAGUCUAAAAAUAGAUUCAAAUCCGUAUAUCCAUAUGACCAUUCAAGAGUUAUACUUGACAGCCGUGCAGGCGAGAAAGGAUCAGACUAUAUAAACGCCAACUACAUAGACAGCGUUGAAGAAAGGAAAGUCUAUGUUGCAACCCAAGCACCCAAGCAAAAUUCGGCUGAUGAUUUUUGGAGGAUGGUCUGGAUUCUUAACUCCGGAAAGAUAGUGAUGCUUACAAAUUUAGUAGAAGGUGGAAAGGAAAAAUGUGUCAAGUACUGGCCUGACGAAGGGGAUCCAAUGACAACACAAACAUUCGACAUAACACUCCAAAGGGAACGAGACUAUGCUUACCACGUCGUCAGGAGUAUCACGCUUAUCGAACGAAAGUCAAAGGAAAAAAGAGAGAUUCAGCAAUUUCAUUUCACGAACUGGCCAGACCACGGAACGCCGAACACGUUAGAAUUUGUUCUGUUUCAUCGUCGUGUAAAACUUCACAGAACUGUCCUUCCUGGCCAGAUGGUUAUUCACUGCAGCGCUGGUAUUGGAAGGACAGGAAUGUUUAUUGCCCUUGACGCUUUGUUAGAUUUCGGUAAAAAGUAUGAUCGUAUCAACGUCCGACAUUUCGUGAAUAAGAUGAUGAAGGACAGAAUGAAUAUGAUUCACACAGUGGAGCAGUACAUUGCUCUUCACGAAAUCUUGACUGAGGCUUUUCUCCUUGAAGAUACCCUUAUACCGAAAUCGACAUUUGUUGCAAAAUACAAUGCUCUCUCUCUGACGGGACAACUUCAAAACUUGACACAGCUGAGGAAUGAGUUCAAAUUGAUUUUGGAUCUCAAGCCCGAUUACACGCAGCAACAGGACUUCUUUUCUUCUUCACUUCAAGACAACGAAACAAAAAACAGGACGAAGCGAAUAUUGGCAGGGAAUAGAUUAAGGGCUGUCACCAAAUCGUUUCCUUCUAGCCGGAACGACCAUAUCAACGCUGUUAUAACACAGUCUUACACAUGCAGACAAGGAUACAUCGUUACUCAGUUUCCACUGACGGACACCAGAGCUGACUUCUUGGCCCUUGUGAUGGACAACCAGUGUGACACUAUUGUCAUACUCGGGGACGAAAAGGACACUGGACAGGAUACACAAUGGAUGCCGGAAGAUGAAGCCGGUAUUGAUGUUGGUAAUUUCAACGUUAAGCAAAUGACCAGACCAACAGAGCGUAAUGACGUAGAUGUAAUUGAUGUUUCAAUAAAGAGAAAGAAAGCAAAGGCAGCUCACAGUGUGAGAAUAUUCCGGUUGAAGGAGUGGACAACAGAUGAACAGGUUCCAUCAUCAAAACAAUCCAUUAUUCAUCUUCUGGAACAGGUGGAUAGCAGACGCCGGUCAAGUGGGAAUAAACCUGUUGUUGUUACUUGCAAGGACGGAUCAACUCAAUGUGGACUAUUUUGCCUUAUGGCGAACACCCGCGACCAGAUCAAAAUGGACGAGGAGGUGGAUGUAUUUCAGGCUGCGCGACAACUUCUUAUCAGGCGACCAGAGUUUUUGAGCAGUUUUGAGCAGUAUUACUUCUGCUAUGCCCUCUUGAAAGAUUAUCUAGAGGCAACCGACGUGUACAUCAACUAAGAAGACAGUGAAUAAAACCUGGAGACGGAAAAUUCGAUUUGAGCCCGUGGAGUCGGCAACUGUCCUUUUGCUACGACUGUAAUUGUACCAUAGAAUGCGACUUUUUUCAUCAUCUAGUAGAUUAUACUUAACUAGCUAGCG